GGGGGGUGGNGGUGGGGUGGAUAUUUACUGUCGCAAUUUUAAUCUUAACUCGCCACAAUCUGAUUGCCUGGAACAGGCUUCAAACAAAUAUUUCUUUUAUCUUUCACAGAAUCGUUUUGCUUUACUGUCAAAAUUAUACUCAGGAGGAAACCUAACCAAGUAUCAGACACAUUUAUAAGCGCCUGUUGCCCAACUGAUGGGAUUGCGUUGCAUUUUUUGUUUGAUGUCUAGGGAAAUAACAGCUUUAUUUAUUCCUUCCCAAGUGAAUCAAGGUUUCAACUAGGAUUCUGUGUGUGGCUCUUCAGUAACCAUGAUAUGGGGCCAAAGGGCCUAUUCUGCCAGGGGGGUCUUGGGGGGUAGGCCCCAGGCCCCCCCAGAAAAAUUUGCAAAAUUGAAGCGUUUUUGGUGCGUUUUCCACGAUUUUCAGCCGAUAAUUUCAAUGUAUCGAUUGGACUUGAAUGAUAGUGUGUCGUUUACUUUGUCAAAAACCUAAAGCAGAUUGAAACAGCCUAUGCUCAACGCAUCAGUUGUGUUAACACCUCCGUGAUUGUCUUUUACGACGUUUGUCCAACGUUGAUCUUAGCGGCCAUCUUAGGGGAAGUGUUUCGGUUCGCCAUGGGUGUGCACAUCUGUUGUAUAUAUUCAUGAAAUAUGAUAUUCUCUACGCACACAUGUGUUAGUUUUUAUCUGGUCGAGGGUAACAGUAAUUUUCCUGCGAAUGCACCGAACAACUUGAUUAUAUCACGCUACUCGAAGUGCACCCUUACAACACCUGAAUCGAAAAUCUUUUAGAAUAAAUAUAUCAAAAUUUUGCCCAACUAUUUUUGGAUGCUAUUAUGAGACUGACGUUCCUUUAUCUAUACGUAAUAAGCCAAUCAGAAAACUAUUUUAAAAAGCACUUUACCAGUUUUAUUUUGUUCAGUAUUAAUAAUUCUAACGUCAUUCCUCUCUUGUACUAGUUUAAAAUAAAUGUAUUUAAUUAAAGGGCAUAUAAUUAGGAUACUAUAUUUUGCCCUUUCCACUUCUUUUUCGUUACACUUGUUUGUUAACAAUAUUGUAUUUAUGUCGUCAAGUGGAGAAAAAAAAAAUACAAAUGUUAAUACUUCAACAACAAAGUUUGUGUUACAGGCGUUUCCCAGCCGAUACAAUUGACAGCUUGAAAAGAUCCUAUUUUCUACAUUAUUAUAUUAAAAAGCAACAGUUAAAAUUCAUAUGAUUGCAACGUAAACAAUAUUAAAGCGGAAGUUAAUUUUAAGGGUUUGACGGGUAUCAUUCGUAAACCGUCAAACAUUUUCCGCGUUUUAUGCAGAUUUCAAACAAUUAUCAACCUGCUGUUUUCAAAUUUGCUGUUGGCGCUAAAUGGCACUAGAUUUUUGAAGCCUACUCGUUAAAGUCAACGUUUGAGCGCGUUUUCGUAACGGAGAAACUGACAAUGGAAAUAUUAUUGGAAAGGACUUUAGAAAGUCUAUCUUGAAAUCUGAGUAUGUGUUUCGAAAACACAGUUCGGUUUCCCAUUUAAGUUCACUUUCGGAAAAACAGAAGCGGAAUAUAUCCAAAUAUGUCUUCGGAAGAAGCAGUGAUUCAGUCUACAGGAGGAAACAUAACUGAUGCCGUAAAGAACGUCUUGGUUAUUAACUGUGCAGUUAAUAUUCCUCUCGCCAUAACAUCAAUAAUCGGGAACUCCCUGGUGUUACAUGCAGUUUGGAAGACGUCAACACUUCGCUCGCCAUCUGUGGUCUUACUUUGUGGCUUAGCGCUUUCUGACCUCGCUGUCGGUGCGGUUGUACAGCCCUUUUUUAUUGCAAAAGAUUUAAUAGGACUGCUCUCUCACGACCAAUCGCUGAAAACUUUAUUCUUGAGGAUUUACAAUGUACUGGCUUUCUAUGUGUGCGGAAUUUCUCUAUUUACGAUCGCCGCAAUUAGCAUGGACAGACUUGUCGCCAUUCAGAAGCCUUUACGUUAUCCAAGUCUUGUCACAAUUCCCCGAGUAAGGUGCGUUCUCUUGGCUGUCUGGACAACUUGUGCGAUUUUAGUAAACGCGCAGUUUUGGAACGACAUGAUUUAUCUCGUUUUAGUUGCAGUUGUAAUAUGUGUUUGUCUGUUCAUCUCAGCUUUUUCUCAUAUAAGAAUAUACAAAAUUGUUCGUGAUCAUAAGAGUAGAAUUCAAAUUCAACGAGAAGCAGUGGAAACUAACACAGUGACUGUGAAUGUGAACAAUAUGUUAGGGCUAAAAAGAUCUGCUUUGAACGCCUUUAUAGUUUUUCUUGUACUCAUUGUUUGUUACUGCCCUUAUUUUAUUGUUUUCGUCGUAACUUCAGUUUAUCCAGUCAAUGUAAUGCUUGGCAGAUCCCUUGCUUCAACUGUAGUGUUCAUUAACUCGGCUUUAAAUCCAUUUUUGUAUUGUUGGCGAAUACAUGAAAUACGGGAAGUUGUUAAACAGACUUGUCAUAAACUAGUUUACUGCAAAUGAAAAAAAAUUUUUAGUCUAUGUUUGUACAGCGUAAAAAGUAAAC